UGCCGACUGAGUGUGAUAAGUUUUUUAUUAGUGUCAAUAUAUUAGUGCACUAUGAUACUAUUUUAAUUAAACUAGAAUUAUUAAACAUCCGUGCUGUCAAUUCCAAAGUGAGAGCUAUAGUUUGCAGUUUUUUUUAGUGUAAUAGUCAAGAAAGGGCACACCAUUCUUUAGUUUCAGAUCAUGUCAUCAGACAUAGAUAUUGAGGAGCAUGAUGUAUUAGAGCAUCCCUCUAUCAAGAAGAUAUUUCCUGACCUGUCAUGGUUAAAAACAGAAUUUUAUAGUCUGGAUGAUGAAGAAUCAACGGUGUUUAAAAACGUUAGAAUAGAAGCCACUUCAGAAUCUAAAUGCAUUGAAGAGUUUGGUCAGCGAAAUGACCCAGUACAAGAUAGUGAAGACCUAAUCGUUUUGGAUGAUGUACAAUGUCCCGAGGUUGAAGAAAUAAAUGAAUUAUCACUUGAGACGGACAUACGGACACGGAAUGUAGACACGGAACCAAUAAUUGUAGAAGAUGAAGAAUGUGAAGAUGCAAUUGAAACAAAUGAUCCAAUAAUCCAUGAAAUUCUUGAUUCUGAGUGUUCUGACGAUAUUGACGAUAAACAAGACUCCUUAUUAACUAAAAACACGAUUGUUCUCGGCUCAAACAUCCCAAAUAAAAUGAUAAUCGGCUCAAACGUCCCACAAAAAGUCGUUGGCUGUAACAAUCCAGAAUACAGCGGUUCAAAUAUCACUAAAACCAGUCUCGUCUCUGAAUUUGGGAUCGAAAGAGAUCCAUUCUCCGCAAAGGUCAUAUUGAAGGAUUGGGGAUAUAUUUUGAAAAAACACCCAUUUUAUUGUGACGAAUGUUUGAUUCUGCUUCCUACUCAAUCCGCUUCAAACGCCCACAAUGCGUCCGAACAUUCCCUCUUAGUGCCCAUAGAAGAAGUAGAAGUCGUGACGCACGACUCACAAACGGGAGAUUUAGGACUGAUUAUCCAAAAAUGCCCGAUUUGUAGUUAUAUUUUCAAGACGCAUCGCAAUUAUCUCGCACAUAUAGAAAGCAAACAUGACACGAUCAAAUUAGAGCCAAUUCAUGAAGUUUUUCAUGGAAAUUGCAUGAUGUGUUCGGAUAAACAUUUUAAAACGGUCAACACUUACUGUAAACAUAUAACUAAUUGUCAUAGUAAGGUUUAUCAUACAAUAUACUCGCAUAUCGAGCCAAGAAGUACGACAAAUGUUGACGAUACAAUUUUAAGUAGCCCUAAUAAAGCUCGGAAAAGUACGGCAAAGUUCGACAGAAUUAACAUAGCAAGAAAGAGCACAACGAAACCGGGCGAAGAGUACAAAAACGUAGCUCUCAAAAGCACGGCUAAACAUUCAAAAAAUAUCGCUCUGAAAAGUACAUCAAAACCGAUACAACCGAGACGCAUAGCGGUCAAAAGUACGUCUAAAAGCGAAAGCAAGACAAGCUAUUCGAGACAAUCUAAUGAACACAUAGAACAUCCAAAAUUAAAUUACAUUUGUCCAAUCUGUGGGACUUACUACCGACACAUUUGGCAAUAUGUCACCCAUUGCAAUACCGAACACCAAGCCGUAUACUUGUCUCCCAAAAGACUCCGUUUCACGGGUUCAUGCGAGUGCGGCUUCAAGACUACGGUAAUAAAACACUUAAAUGCUCACAUAACCAAAAAACACAAAAAACUUUUUAAGAAAAUUGCGACGAACCUUCAGGAAUAUUACUGCCUCGAGUGUGACAUUACGUUUGCGACGCUCAACUCUUAUAACAUUCAUAAAAUUAAACACAGUCACAAAGUUAAAGCAGAAAGCAGAUGUGACCGAAAAAGUCACCAAAUGGAAGAUUUCUUACAGUUUAAGGAUACAGAAACGAUAUCGGAGCCAAAAGACGUUGGAGACGAGCAGAAAGUUUUAGAAUUAACCGAAAAUAACUUUCUGUAUUAUUGUCACGAGUGCAAGUCGUACGAUCCUGCCAAACAUGCGGAUUACCACAUAACAAGUGUGUGCCUACAAAACAAAAGUUUUCGUAUUUGCCGAUUCUGUGGUCUACGAUUUUCUCACGAAAGUUUUGCCGACCAUAUUUUGGGGCAUCAGAAUAAUAGCUUUGAUCUCAAUAGUAUAAAAUUCAUAGAUAUACAUACCGGAGAAGUUAUGAAUCCAAAAAUUCCCGAUUGGAAUAAGUUUGCGGGUGAUUCCACAGUCAAACACUCCGGAGAAAAGCGCAAACGGGAAAGUUUAAAUGAAAAAACUGUGUACUGCGAAGAAUGCCAAGAAAAUUAUUACGAGCUUGCCUACAAGAUACAUCUGCAGUAUCACGAAACCACUAAUACUAAUUAUAUUGACGCUGAGAUCAUGCAGAAGUAUCUAACCAUGCAGUCUCUCUGGAACCUCGUUUAUCUUUGUCAAUGCUGCAAUAUCACUUUUGACAAUUACGACCUGGCCGUCGAACAUAGCCAAGAUCAUAUAGUAAAAAACCAAAAAACGCCAAGUGACAACUACACUAAAUGCACUAAAUGCAAUCUUAUGUUCGAUAAACAAUCCUUCGAGAGACAUAAAAAUCUUCACAACGGCGCGGAAAUAGAUGAGAACUCUUUUUGCGUGCUUUCGUUUAAUUUUGAAGAUUUACUCUCGGAGUCGUGGGAUAAUGUAUUUAAAGUGAUAAGUGAUGAGCAAAAAUCGCAUAUAUUGUCCAAAAGUGUUUACAAUUGCUACAGAAAUUUACGACUCGAGUUGAAUUACGAUGGGCCGUCAACGCAUACGCUCUAUAAGUGCGCUGUCUGCGAUGCCAUCGUUGAGAAAGAGCAUCUUCUUGAUCACGCAUCCAGCACAGACGUGUGCAAAAACCAGGAUAAAUUUUCCUGUUCCUCGUGCGAACUAGCGUUCAUAACACGAGAGUCUCUCGAUGACCACGAAUUGCACCACUUACCAGAUACCAAAACCAGGAUAAUUUUAUUUAAUAAACCAAAGCACUUCUCGCUCAACGUCCGCUUGAUCCAACAGUCCAGAAUUUCUAAUUCAUCUGAUAGAAACAGCAAAUCCAAAUCCACGGCCAUCUUUUAUAAAUGUCUCCAUUGUGAAGCCGGCAUUCAACAUUUGAUGAAUAUUAAAACACAUAAUUGUUCAUUAAGUAAAACAUACACGAAAUGUGAUCGUUGUGGGUUGAAAUACCGUCCCACGGCGUUGAACAGGCACAUUUUGCUUCACAAGAAGUGGGACAAAUUCUACAUAGCCCCUUUCAAAAACGGUAACCUCGUUUGGCAAGGUAAAACUAAAUUGCUGAGACUCUAUAAAUGCAAGAAAUGCAAAAUGUGCACCCAUAAAAAGCUUUCUGCCCAUACCUGUAGACCUGAGAAUUCCCGUGCGUGUAGCUCGUGUGGUUUACAAUUUUCACAAAAGUCAUUUAAAAAACAUAUGGAGCUGCACGCGAAAGCUCCGAAAUUGGCACGAAAUAACCUUCAUAUAAUACAAUACACUCCGGAUUUAGCGUCGUUCGACUAUGAGCCGACAUCGCACGAAACAGAGAAAUCCAUAUCUGAAGAAUCGUCGAAUGCUAAACCAGUGACACACAAACAAAAGGAGCCAAUGGAAGAUAACCCAAUGUCACGCUUUCUAUAUAAAUGCACUUGUGGCCUCUUGUUUUUGAAAUGGAACCAACUUCGAGACCACGUAAAGAAGUGCAGCGAUGACUUUAAACCAACCCAGUGUAAAUGUGGGCUCCAAUUCCACAUUUUAUCCCUACGAGACCACUUGAACGUUCAUUUGAAUUGCUCCUCUAUAAAGAACUAUCUCGUCGCGCGCGUCAAUGUCGGCAAAGCUGCGAUUGCAAAGGCCCGGAAAAAUUGGCUCUGGUAUUGCACAGUGUGUAGAACGUAUUACAAUGAUAUCAAGAACCUCAACUGCCAUUUCAAAGGAAACGAGCCCGGCCCGAGUGAACGCUGCUCAAUUUGUAGAAUAACAAUAUCCAGUUCCAGUUUUGAAGAUCACAUGGAACUGCACAACGAAGAUAACGAAUUUAACCACAAACAGCUUCAUAAACUGUCUUUGAGGAUGAUCGCCACAGAUGCCCUCAAGACGCCAGUUACGAAAAGGACUCCAACCUUAUAUCAAUGUAAAAAAUGCGAUGUACAUUUUAUUACUCCACAACAGCUACAGAGUCACUUAGACGAACUUCGUCAUGAUAUCGAAAACAGAAUUCAGUGUAACAUUUGCCAUUAUUUCUUUGCUACGAAUAUCCUACGGGCGCAUAAGAUAACCCACCAUUAUAAGAAAAGAUACAAACGAGACGACUUUGUCAUCCAAACAAUAGAAAUCGCUGACGAGGAAGACAUUGACAGCAACAAGUCGGAGAUAAAUGAAAGCCGGAAGAACCGUGGUCAGCCGACUGAGCCGAAACAUCACGACUUUGCGAAAACUCCAGAAUAUAUCAAGAGAGCAGUUUACAAAUCGAUUGGGAUGGAACCAAUGGAGGCUUUGAAAGUACUGCACAAGUGUGGCACAUGUCACUUGUACUUUAUGGUGAAAAAUACCAUAUAUAGUCAUCUAACUCGACACUCGAAGACCAGUAAAAGAAGGCAAUCGAGCUACACCUGCUCGAUCUGCGGACUGGAAUUCAGCUCUCGGAGUCUCAGCCGCCAUAUAUUUGUUCAUCAUAAGACGUUGAACUUGCAAGUACAAGAUUUCGAAAUACGCGUUUACACUUCUCCAGAAACUUUCACAAUUACACGAAUUAAAUCUAAUAAAAAACAAUCCAAGAAGCGAAAAAUUUUAUCUGAUAGAGUGGAACGAGCUAAGAAAAUUAAAUACGUCCCUUCUCCUCCAAAGCCUGAAGCCGUCGCUGCUUCGCAACCGACGGUCUCUAACGUCGCCGCUUCGCAACCGACGGUCUCUAACGUCGCCGCUUCGCAACUGACGGUCUCUAACGUCGCUCAUCUCGAAAACGCGUCCCAAAUCUUCAAAUGUGCGGAAUGCAACGUGUUCUUUACAAACUAUGUAAUGUGCUACGACCAUACCUUGAAUCAUAAGCCAUUAGAUAAUACUGAGUAUAUCAGCUGUAAGCUGUGCGAUUUUCAACUCUUGUGCGAAUGCCUAGGUGUGCAUAUGAAGGGCCACAGAGAAGGCACGUUCAACAUAGACGAGUUGCAAGUAAAGGAGUUUCAGCCGGGAGAGGGAGUUCCGUCGAUUAAGACAUAUUUGGCUCGGGAUUCAUUGGAAGCCAACGUGAUAAGUACAACCACUAAUUGCAGCUAGUAGUCAUUUAAUAAGGCUUGAAGUAAAAUUUGUUAAGUUUUUUUAUAAAAGUGUAAGAGGUUUAAGCCUCAGUUUAUGUGUAAAAACGUUCUAAACCCACCAUUACAUAAAAUAUGUUUAUUUUAUAAACUACCUCACUCUAAAGUCAACAAUUCUCGAAAAUUAUUUUCAUACAACCAUA